CGGAAGUGGUGGUCCCGGCCUCUUCUGCGUCCGUGCAGCAAAAGAUACCAUGAACAUUUGUUCCGCCUUCGCAGCCGUGUCCGUGUGACGGUGGAUGUAAAGUGUCUACAAGGAAGGUUGUGCCUCGUGCCACUACCAUGAACAACAAGGAACCGGAUGGAGAAGACCACCCAUUAAAAAACAAUGAAGGGAAGGCUCUAGAGAACAAUAAUGACCCCAGUGGAGAAAAUGAUGUGUGCAUUAAAAAGCAGAGCGGCCUUUCACGUUUGUCCAAGAUUCGCACUGCUGUGUUUUUUGGCGCACUGUUUCUUUGCCUUACCGUAGUGUUUGCCUUUUCAUUCAUAAUUCCUUGCCCAGUGAGACCUUUCUCUGCGAGAACUUGGAGCAUACACUAUAACAACUCAGUUGGCUAUCCGUUUCUGGCUACAGACGAUGUGAACAAAGAUAAUGUGCAAGAUGUUCUCUUCGUUUUUAAAACCGACGAUGCCAACAAAUUAAAUGUAUCCUGUAUGGAUGAAGGCUUCCAGAAACCAUGCUUCUUCUUAUCUGCCCUGUCUGGGACAAAUGGAAGUACCCUGUGGAUCAGACCUGUUUCUGAUGAUGAUGUGCAGUUAGUGGAGUGCAAUAUCCAGGACCUUGGUGGUGAGGACAGCGGUGGCUGUCUGGUUAUAAGGAAAUCCGGAUUCAUAUUAGCAAUUGAUUCGAAAACAGGACACACCUUGUGGGAAAAGCCAACGAAGUUUGCAGCUGAGUCCACAGUUCUAAAACCAGUGCUGAAAAUUCCAGAUGUGGAUAAAGAUGGUGUAGAAGAUCUUAUGUUUUUUCUUUUUGUGGAAGAUGAGCUGCAGAGUGCUAUAUUCUCAGGAAAAAAUGGAGAUCGUAUCGGAAUAAAGUGGAGGAUUGGGACUGAGCAACCAAGCGGUUAUUACACACAUGUGACAAAGUCAAAGGCACCGUAUGUCCUGUUCUACAAAGGUAGGUCCAUUGCUGCUUAUGCCGUCAGCGACCUGUGUUCUCACACUGCGGGCCCUGAUGAAAAACCGUUACCUAUCAUGCAGGACUCUGACUGGGAGGCACAAGGGAACACUACUGCAGGGUUUAUUCCCAUCAUAGCUUCUUCCAGCUCCGGUAACAUUCUCUACAUAUUAAAUAUUCCUGGAAGAUAUUAUAACAACAUUUUAGUUGUGAGAUCUGAGGUUUCUGAAUUGCUAGAUGGUCAAAAGUUUCAAACAUUGUGGACGGUGAAUACGACCAACAUUUUAAGUAAGCCAGCACUGGGGUUUUUCAAGAGAGAUGUCUUCUCUAUAAUGAUGGAGCUUGAAACUGGAAUGAACAAAAAAAAGGUCAUUAUUGUAGACAGCAACAGUGGAGCUUUACAGUGGGAGUAUGAACUGAAUUUGGGUAUUGCCAGACAAAACCCUGCCGUGCUGAAUACAGGAGACCAUCGCUCAACAUUUCUGUUCUGGGCAGUGAACUCUCCAGAUUUCAACAACAGUGCAUUAGAAGAAAACCUCUUUAUGUUUCACCCAUCACAUCCAGAUGCCCUUCUCCAACUGAACAAUCAUACUGAAAAUAUAAUCCUCUUUACUGCCGCCCUGUUUGAGCGCAGCCGGCAUUCUUGUUACGUUUUGGUGACAGGUCCCAACACAACAGAGGACCCUGGCACUUUGACGGUGUCUAAGCGGAAGUUAAAAGAAGACAUAAGUAAUGGAAAAGUCAUAUGGUUCGGCACUGAAGAGACCAACACUGAGGGGAUUAGGGAUGAUUUUUUUAGAAUGAGAUAUUCUAGUCACUAGUAUGAAAAAACUAUGUAGAGGUCUCUUCAUUCCUCACAUCUUGAAGACAUGCAUUUGCUUUACAAUAUCAGAUGCAGGGAAAAUGUCCACAAACAUUGUUGGAAGAGCUACUGGCUCUCUUUCUGAUGUCCUCCUUAAGUCCUGGCUAUGCAUUCUACUAUUCAUCUUUUCAGAUUUUGAUGAGGUUGGCAUCUAAAGCCAGAGACUCUACACAGUGUUUUUAAAGGGUCACUAACUUUUCAAAAAACAUAUGACGUGUCAUAGAUUCAUAUCAAAAGUUUGGAUCUUUUGGCGGUCUGAGCGCUGAGACCCCCACGAUCCCCACACUAAUAGCGCACUCACUUUCCUCCCUGCAAGAGGGGCUGCAUAGAAGUCUAUGGACCAAGUCUCGAAUCUGUCUUCAGCAACAAGCACAUGCUAUGUGUUCACUUCUUUCCCCUUGUUCUAGGGUUCGGUAGGGGUCUCAGCGCUCAGACCUCCGCCAAUCUAAACUUUUGAAAAGUUAGUGACCUUUUACUUUUAUGAUCUCAGUUUACUGUGGUGGUUGACAAGGCGAAUCUUAUAUCUGCUGUUCUUCAUAAUUCCAAACGCCACUCUCCAGAACUAGGCACAAUCUAAUCCUAUUGUAUACUAAUGGUUUUCUUAAUGAUUGUUGACCCUACCAGGUAAAUUAUGUAACAGCAUUGUGGUUUAUCUGGUGAUAGAGGAUCCUUGAAAGGGAUGCUGCGCCGAGCCAUCGAUGUAGCACUAUGCCUGCUUAGAUAAACCAUGUUAGGACUGACUCUAAACAUAAACUGUACAUCAGACGUUAACUUAAUAUCAGUCUUAACUAUCUGUAAAAAAAGAGGAAAUGCAAGUGACUUUAUCAUGCAAAUGGCAUUUUAUCAAUUUUUAUUUGUCCGGUGAUCUCAUCUUUAUGUGUGCUGCCAACAAACAGUUAGUUAGUAUUUCCAGUUAGAUGGGCAGCGAUGGCAGGUACGGGUUUUAAUUAUUUUUAUUUAAUUGAUUUUGUUGCCAGAUAUUACACAUCUAUCCGAAGAAGAUGACUGGGAGAUGACCACUUUCCUGCUAAGUGACAGUAAUGCCAUUCACUAGCUCGUGAUGACAGCAGCAGAUGCUGUUUGGCCUCUCAGUUUACCUUAGCCCACAUGGAGGUGCCCCCUGCCCCUUGAUGUCCAGGGUAGUGGUGUUAACAAUUACCACCAUCCAUAUUGUUUCCAAGAUGGAGCAUUUUAUUCUGCACUGAAAGUGGUCAGCACCUGCCUGGUGCGUCCCUGAUGUCCUGUAUUUGUGCCUGCGCUGCUGGCUUUCAGACCAGGCGCACAAGAAGAAGAAAGCCUGAAAAUAAUAUGGACAGCACUGCUACCCUGGACACUGAGGGGAGGCAUCUCCAUCAGGGCGAAGGUAAGCCCAGAGGCCAAUUAGCACACGUUACUGUAAUUUACCAGCAAAGUGUCCAACCCCUUUAAUUCCUUUAUGUAAUUUGAAGACAUUUGACAAUAUUGUAUAAUUAAUAAGCUAAGAAAAUUGACAUAUUUUAUUCUUUUAAUGAAUGUAUUUUUCAUUAAAUUUUAUUAAAAGUUAUAUCUAAGGUGCUGCACUUUACUUGAAAUCUAGAAAUCUGUGGUCUGAAAAGUAACCCUGGAAAUAAUGUAUUAUGAAAUAGAUUAGGAAGCUUGAUGUGCCUUUUAUUUAUUACUGUAUUUCAGGUUUUCACUCUGAUAUCUUUUUUUUUUUUUUUUUUUAACGUGCUUUGAUAAGUUUCCAUUGUUGGGUACAGGUCAUCAUUGCUUGUGACCUGUGACUAUGACAUGAUUGAGGAAAUGAGCAGAAGAAAGGCUAUUUGAGGAUGAACAAUCCUGUAAUUCCACGUCUGCAGGGCACAUAAUCCUGAGUAUUUACAAGACUACUGUACGUCUGCUGUGUAUAAUAAAUGAUUGUGACUGUA